AUGGCCUCCACCGGUGUCGAUGUUACUCGUUCUAAUGAAGAUGAGGAUGGUCUUGUUGAACAGCGGAUCAAAGCUCGAGCUGUAGCAAGUCUACCUGGGAAAGAGUAUAAAUUGGAAGCUGAGACAGAGUUAAGAAUUGAAGUUCGAAGUGUUAGCGAUGCUAAAGUUAUUCUUCUGCAAGGAAAAGCAGAAAUAUUUGGUUGUGAAUUGGUCAGCGAUAAAGUUGUGGAUAUGAGGAAACGGACUACAUGUGCAGUAUUCACUUGGCAUGGCUGUACUAUUAAAAUUAUUCCUGAAUCUGUUUAUGCGUACGUUUCGGAUAAGACUCCUAUGCAAUUCUAUGUUAAUUUACAUGAAGCAUUGGAACAACGUCGAUGCAAGGCAGUCGAGAACAAUACUGAUGGACCAGUGACUAUGGUCAUUGGUCCUACUGACGUAGGAAAGUCAACUCUAUGUCGUUUACUACUUAAUUACGCCGUUCGAUUGGGACGAUUACCGACAUUCAUAGAUUUAGACGUUGGACAGGGUAUUGUUUCAAUUCCUGGCACGAUUGGUGCGUUACAUAUCAAUAGGACCAUUACCGUAUCAGAUGGGCUGGAUGAUUACCCAUCAUUAGUUUUCCAUUAUGGUAGUAAUACCCCUUCAACUAAUGUAAAGUUAUACAUGACGUUGGUAUCACGACUUGCAGAUUCUUUGCGAAAAUAUUGGGCUAAUUUACCUUCAAGGUGCCACAACGGCUGUAUAAUUAAUACAUGUGGCUGGAUAACCGAUGUUGGAUAUAAGAUAAUUGUGGAUGCAGCCGAAACAUUUAAAGUCGAUCAAAUUAUCGUUCUGGACAAUGAACGUUUAUAUAACGAUUUAAUGAUUCACUUUGGUAGCAAUGCGGAAAUUGUCUUAGCCCCAAAAUCUGGCGGAGUUAUAGAAAGGGCGCAAAGUACACGUGCUAAUGCUCGUGCUUUACGCAUAAAGACGUAUUUUUACGGUGAUGAUAAUAGCGGAUAUACUCCGCAUGUUUACGAGCUUGCCUUUUCAGAUAUACAAAUUUUUAAAGUUGGAGGCCCAAAUCUUCCGACAUCAUGCCUGCCUCUAGGAAUGAAACCUGAAGAUGCAGCACUGAAAUUAAUCAAUGUAGUUCCUGAGAAAUCAUUAAUACAUAGAAUUUUAGCUGUUAGUGCGGCUUUGUCAACGGAUGAAGAUAUUGUUCAGACUGCCGUAAUUGGCUUUGUUUGUGUGUACGAUGUCGAUGUUAAUAGAAAGAUAUUAAAGGUUUUGUCACCUUCUCCUGGUGCUCUUCCUCGUCAUAUUUUAAUUCUUAGCGAUCUCAGCUUUUACGAUAUACCUUCUUGA